GCCACUUUCCGUUAACGCCACACAUGAACUUAUGCAGGAUGCAGGAUAUGAUAUAAAAGUUUCCGGAUGCGCUGUCUUUUUCUUUUUUUUUCCCACACGUCUUCACAACUCUUCGCUCGUACAACACGUUCUCAACGAUCAACCCAAGGGCAAUCUCAAAGCAGCUCUAUUCUUCAUUCAAAGACUCGAUCAACACAGGAUCAUGGCGCACCAGGAUAUCAGAAUCGGCUGGAUCGGGCUCGGCGAGAUGGGCCUCGGCAUGGCCACGAACCUUCAGAAGCACCUCGCCUCACACUCAUCACAUCUCACGGUCUGGAACCGCUCCCCCGGCAAGACCGAGUCCGUCCAAGCACUAGGUGCCCAGGUCGCCUCCUCCAUCGAGGACCUCGUCUCCAAGAGCAACGUCAUCUUCACCUCGCUCUCUAACGAUGCCGCCGUCGAGAGUGUUUACUCUCAACUGUUUGCCCUCGCCAGCAAGAGCCAAGAGCCGUUGACCUUUGUCGAGGUCUCGACCAUCCACCCGAGUGUGGCAACGAAGAAUGCGGAGCAACUGGCAGCGCACCCUCAGCAUGUUUAUCUGCAGUGUCCAGUCUUUGGUCGUCCACCUGCCGCCCAUGCUGCACAGUUGGUGUGGAUCACGAGCGGUAAUCCAGAUGCGAUCCAGAAGCUGAACCCAUACUUUGCAUCAAUGUCCAAGAGCAUUAUCGACCUUAAGACUACGAAUGUCGCGGCCGCUAGCUCGUUCAAGCUCAUUGGCAAUUUCUUCGUCAUCGGAACCGUCGAAUUGUUAGCGGAGGGAUUGAAUUUGGCAGAGAAGGUUCCGGAUGUGCACCCGGAGGCAGUGCUGCAGUUCAUUGAGACCUUCUUCCCGACACCGUCUUGGAUCGGGUACAGCAAAAAGAUGGCGGAGCGGUCGACGACCAAGGAAGGUGGCUUUCCAGUGACUUUGGGGUUGAAGGAUGUGGGACAUAUGCGUCAAUUGGCAGCAGACAACGGCGCGACCUUGCCGACCGCGGAUUUGGCACAUAAGCAUUUGACGAUCUUGAAGGAGGAGGGAAAGGGAGAUCAGGACUGGAGUAGCCUGAUCGAUGUUCUGAGAGAGACCACUCCUUCGGGGACUCGACAGUAGACAGAGGAAUGCGCUUAAAAUACAUCUUUGAAUAUGAACAACAUAUAGUACAUAUCCUUAUUCCAUUUCCUUCAUGGUGUUUGUACGG